CCCUAACGUGCGCGCCCUUCCGCUCCGCCCAAAAACGUCAAAACUGAUGGUGACCAAAACACCCUUUUUCAAAAGGAAAGGUUACCCUCAAUUAUUGCGCUCGGCGUGCCUAUAAUCGUAAUUUGAACGUCCCAGUUCUUUCUUUAUUCGCGCACAUUCCUGUGUUGCUCUACCUCCCUCACACGUCAAAGAAACACCCAAAUCCACAUUCUCAAUCUUCCCUGAUUUGAUUUCUUCUGAUUCUUUUCAAUUUAAUUGAACACUUUAUAUCUCUUUUUUUAUUUUUUCAUCCGAACUUUAGAAAUUUUUGGUUUUUCCGGAAUUAAUUUUCUAGUGCUGUCAUUCUUCUGAGCUUUCGAUCUCGGCCGUUGGAUUCCAAUGGCGGCGGGAUCAGUGGCGACCGCCGCCGGAGUCGCCGUGAUUCUUUACUACGUGUUCAAUCGGAGGGGAGCAACGAAAGAGGGCGGCGUUGAAGACGGGGACGACGACGGCGAUCGGAGCGGAAAUCUCUCGAAGAUGAGAUCGGCGAGGAAACGGCUUUCUCGGCGACCGGCUCAAGCGCCCGCCACGUGGGUCGAGUCGCUCACCACCUUGUCCGACACGCUCCGGUUCACCUACUCCGAAACGCUCGGGAAGUGGCCGAUCGGCGACUUGGCCUUCGGCAUUAAGUACCUCAUGCGUCGGCAGGGUAACCUAAAAGUUGCGAGUGUGUAUGCUGGUAGUGAUAGUGUGCAGCUUAAAGGGUCUGGAAUUAUUGAGGAGUUGAAAUAUUACUUGAAGUUGCUGACGCUUUGUAUGUUGUUCUCGAAGAAACCGUUUCCGGUGUUUUUAGAGUCAGGGGGUUUCUCUCAGGAAGAUGUCCUUCUUCAGAAGCCCAAGGCCGGGCUUCUGAAGCCAUCCUUCACAAUUAUACGUGAUAGGAAUUCAAAAUGCUUCCUUCUAUUAAUACGUGGUACCCAUAGCAUCAAAGAUACACUAACUGCUGCAACUGGUGCAGUAGCCCCUUUCCACCAUUCGGUUUUGCAUGAUGGUGGAAUAAGCAACUUAAUCCUAGGGUAUGCUCACUGUGGGAUGGUUGCUGCAGCCCGUUGGAUUGCUAAGAUCAGUACUCCUUGCUUGCUUAAGGCUAUUGGUGAAUAUCCUGACUACAAAAUAAAGGUUGUUGGGCAUUCACUGGGUGGUGGUACAGCUGCGUUGUUAACAUAUAUUCUUCGAGAACGGAAAGAAUUCUCUUCAAGCAAUUGCAUUACCUUUGCCCCAGCUGCCUGUAUAACAUGGGAGUUGGCAGAAUCUGGAAAGCACUUCAUCACUACUAUAAUCAAUGGCUCUGACCUGGUGCCUACUUUCUCAGCAGCUUCUGUUGAUGACCUCCGCUCUGAGGUUAUAGCUUCAUCUUGGUUAAAUGAUUUGCGGGAUCAAGUUGAGCGCACACGAGUUUUGAAUGUUGUUUAUCGCUCUGCAAAUGCUCUGGGUUCUCGUCUACCAUCUAUAGCUAGUGCAAAAGCGAGGGUUGCCGGUGCAGGUGCACUAUUGCGGCCAGUAUCCAGCAGCACGCAGAUUGUGAUGAAGCGUGCACAAAAUGUUGUUGUGAGAACCCAUUCAUCAAUCUCAUCGUGGUCUUGCAUGGGUGCACGUCGACGCAAUGUAAGCCCAUUACUGAACUCUAAAGCAGACGAUUUGCAUGAAGAUUCUCUCAUAUGUGAAAAGGAUUCUGAAUAUCGCGCUGAAGGAGUAAUUGUGGACCCAAUGCUGAAUAACUUGGAAUCUAGUUCUAGCGGUGGAUUGGGUCAUGAUGACAGCGAUGAAGAGGAGCAGCUUUUGCCAGUGAAUAGAAAUACUGCAACAUCUACCGUUGAAGACAUUACUGAAGGCGAGUUGUGGUAUGAAUUGGAGAAGGAGCUCAAGAGGCAGGAGGAUGAAGUCAAUGUCGAGGCCCGAGAGGAAGAGGCUGCUGCAGUGAAAGAAAUAACCGAGGAAGAAGAUAUGCUGGUUGGUGUUGCAGAAAGCAAUACGCCAAUCUCUUCCUCGGAUGUUUCAGAGAACCACCGCUUCUUUCCCCCUGGCAGAAUCAUGCACAUCAUAUCAGUCCCUUCAUCUGAUGAUACAAAUUUAGAUAACGACGGACCACCAGCCGAAGAACGCGUGGGCAUAUACGAGACACGUAGACAACUGUACAGUAAGCUCCGACUUUCUAAAACGAUGAUUAAUGAUCACUACAUGCCUAUGUAUAAGAAGAUGGUGGAAUUGUUGAUCAGGGAACUGGAAAAUGACGAAUCCAGUAAUUGUAUCGUGUGAAAAAAUUAAAAUCCCUUAUGUUGCAUGCCCUAUCCGAGUGCGCUCUGUACAGUUAGAUAACUUUAAGAUUUUAUAUCUCUGUUUCUUGAUCUU